UCCCUCUCUCUCUGCAUCUCUAGCAGGCACAUAAGAACGGGGCGACCGGCGUAGAGCUGGACUUGGAGUUCACAUCAGAUGGAGUCCCUAUUCUGAUGCACGAUGAGACUGUAGACCGAACCACCAACGGGUCGGGACCCCUCACACAGCUAAGCUUCUCUGGGCUGAGUAAACUGGACGCUGCCGCUAAGCACCGARUCAGUGACAAGUUCCAGGGAGAGAAGGUCCCCACUCUGCAGGAGGCUGUGGAGGAAUGCAUCAAACUGCAGCUCACCAUCUACUUUGAUGUCAAAGGUCACCCAGAUGAGGCAGCGGCAGCCCUAAAGGAGAUGUAUCAGAAACACCCUGUGCUCUACAACACCYGCAUCGUCUGUUCCUUUGAGCCCAACGUCAUCUACAGGAUGCGUCAGGCUGACCCGGAAGUGGUGACGGCGCUGACCCACCGGCCAUGGAGCCUUAGUCGGUUGGGUGACGGCACGCCGCGCUUCUCGUCGCUAUGGAAACACCACUGGAUGCAGGUGCUAGACGUGAUACUGGACUGGGCCCACCACCACCUGCUCUGGAACCUCUGUGGUGUCUCUGCCUUCCUGGUGCAGAAGAACUUCAUAUCACUAACAACACCGAUGUACUGUAAUAACCAACUCAGGAGUGUACCUACUGCACAGUUACGUUUUAGUUAUUUAUCUAGAGAGAUUUACACUAGUGAUACAUUUUCAUAAUGGUCCCCCGCGGGAAUGAACCCACAACCCUGGUGUUGCAAGCCGCCAUGCUCUACCAACUGAGCCACACGGGACACAGCUCAUACAUAUGUCAUAUUUGGAAUCCAUGACCAUUCCAGUGUCAAGGAUCUGUGUAAAUAUGAACACUUUAUUCUCACACAGUGCAGUACUGUGCUUUUCUGAAGGGAUAGUCUAACUGAAAUAAGGAAAAGUCUGGGGCAUCCAACCAGCCUUCCAAUGAAAUACUAACCUAAUAAGAUGCAUUAACUUGAAUGAAUAAAUAUUAUAGGAUGGAAAAAUAAACAAGGACAGUAUGGAUGAAGUA